UGUAGCCAAAGUUAAACAAUAUGGCUGUGUAUACGUUCGACAAAAAGUGUAACGUGGAAAUUUCAUUCGUUUUUAAAAGUUCGUCAUAGUUAUAUCUAUAUUGGAAAAGGUUUGAUAAAUUAUUUAAGAAUCAUGGCUACCAUCAGCAAAAGUAAUCUAUCUAGAGAGGAUAUAAGGUCUGCGGAUAAGGACGAAAAAGAAACCCUCUUGGAACAUGAUAGUGAGCCCGAUGAAGAUAUGAUAUUUAACCGUCCCAGUACGUCAAAUGGAAUAAGCAGAGCCGAUGGAAAAAUGGAUAGUAUCAGAAUCCAAAUUCAAGAGGUGACAGAUGUGAUGCGAGAUAACGUGAAGAAAGUCAUGGAACGUGGAGAGAGAUUAGAGGAUCUACAAGAUGCAAGUGAUCGGCUGUCUAUGGCUGGUAGUCAAUUUAGAGAAGCAGCAAAAAAAGCACAACGAAGAGCAUGGUUACAAAACGUGAAAUCACGGAUUAUUAUUGUCAGUGUUACAUUGACAAUCGUUCUCUUUAUCGUUGUUUUGGACAUCUUGGCGCUUUACCUGGUUCUCAGAUAGCAAACAUCCUAUAAAGUGGUAUUCUGUUCUUCAGAAAUGAAGUAUCCAUUAUUAUCAAGUAUACGUGACCUAAAUAUCUUCAACAACGAGAGAUCACAGUCGAUGUCACAAGCACAGACCUUGUCUUUGUACCUUUUUUCGCGGAAUUAUUUGUGCGUAUUUAAUUAUAAGCUUGUAUAUAUAUAUAUAUAUAUAUAUAUAUAUAUAUAUAUAUAUAUAUGUAUCUAUAUACCUAUAUAUUUUAUAUAUUUGUUAAAUGGUAUAAAAUAUCUUCGUCGUUAAAAUAAAGUCGUAUUAAGAUAAAGUAUAGAAAAAAAAUUUCAAAUUUGUUAUAAUUGAAUCGUUACACAUUGUUUUCGUUAUAAAGAUGAAGAUAAAGAAGUUAUACUUUGAUCAAUGUCCUUUUUUUUUUAAAUAUCUUUGUCUUAACGACAAAAUUUUUAAUAGAAACGAUAUUAUCUUAAUGUUAUCGUUUAAGAUAUGAUAGUGAAGAUAUAUAGAUAAAAAAAUUUUUCUUCUUUUUUCCUUUUAUUUUUUAAUAAUAAUUCUUUAUUGCAUUUAAAAUAAAUUUGUACCGAUUGCAUUUAAAAUAAAUUUAUAAUGAUUAUAAUAUUGGUCAAUGAUCUCUUUGUUCUUAUAACGAGAUAUAAAAAAAAAAAAAAAGGAAAGAAAAGAAAAGAGACAAAACAAAAACAAAAAGUGUAUAAAGCAAAGUCGUGCAUAGAUUCGACUGUCAAAGAAGAGAUCUUUGAACGGGAAUGAUGAGAAUUAAUCAGCAGAGUGCUAAAAAAUGGCAUUCUUUUCGACGAGGUCGGUUACGGCAAUAUCCUGCUAUGAUGGGCACUUACGUCGUAUGUGAGUUGGUGAAGCCGAAAGAAAGAGUAGGAGAAAGAAAGAGUAAGAGAGAAAGAGAGAUAGAUGCGUGAUGUUACUUGUGAACGUGUGAGUUUAGUCGUCGCUCAGCUGGCGGUUGACUCGCGUGUGUUCGUGAUAAUUCUUGCCAGUCGAGUUUAAAAUAAAAAGAAAAAAGAAGUAAAACUGUUAAAACAAAUAAUCAUCGCAUCGAACGAUCCGAUUAAUUCUUUAUUAAUUAAAAAAAAAAAAAUAUAUAUAUAUAUAUAUACAUACAUAUAUAUA